AUGCCGACCUCCAACUCUUCGCCCGUCAAGCGCCCCGGUCUGGGCCGCCGUGCGGUCUCCUCACACGCCGUCGUCACGCGCUCCACGCAACAGCAAAACGAGUUGGCCAACUCGCACUCCUCCCACCAGAAACUUCCUCUUCGUCCUCAUCGCCCGCACGUCGUCGGUGGUCACCGAAAUCACCACCGAAAUCCUUCCCACGCCAAGAAUCUCGCGAAAAUUCAGCGUCAUACUUCCCAUACCUCGGUUCAGUUGCCGGAAACAACGACGACGACCGGUCGCUACCACCAACGCAAAAAGUCCGCCCCUGCCACGCCCGCCACCAGCCCUCGGGGCCAAAAUCACGUCCGCUGGGAUGGGGCGGUGGACAGUCAUCCUACCACGGCUUCGAUGAAGAAGAAUAACUCUAGCCCCGCUCUUCGACGAACCAACUCCGGCGGUGUCGUCGGCAAGAAGGCCCUAGUGACGUCUCGUCCCAACUCCAGCUCCGGCAAGAAGAAGACCGUAGGAUUCGAGCUGGCGGACUCCGACAACGACGACGGCGACUGGGAGGAUACCACUCAGUCGCCAGAAAGUACCCGACGAAGCUCGGUCGCCCAGUCCAAGGAGAGCGUGGAGAACGCUGCAGCAGUGUUGGUGGAUCCUCUUACCUUUGUCAAACGUCCCUACCCACAAUUCCCUCGAGCGACCAGCCUUCCGGAGUCGACCAGUAAGAGUUUUGGGGAAGGUCAUACCGACGAAGACGACGACGAAAACGACGACGACGACGACUCUGACACCAAAACAACGCGCCCCUCCCAGGAUACCGAAGAACAAGAGGACGCCGCUGGCCGUGCGCUCGACCACGCCGACAUUGCUAAUCGCUUGUUGAGUCCGUCUCACUCCGCCAAAGCCCCGCCCGCCAUGUCGUCUAUCUCCGCCACGGUGAAACCGACCGCCGUUGACUCCAUCUCCCGUAAUGCCUCCCUGACCAACAUCGCGACCGGCCCGGAUGGUCUCCGACGCCCUCUAUCGUCCUCGAAUCCGCCCUUGGCCAAUACUCCCGGCACUCCGGCCCAGGCAACCUCGUCUUCGAUCGAAGGGGGUGUUUCCAGGUUCAUCAAGACUGGUUUUCACGCCUCGGUCCGCACGGACUCGGACCCCAAUACUCCUUCCUCGUUCUUACCACAUUAUCACCCGCAAACUCCUCCGUCGCCGAACCGUGCCUCGAGUUCGAGGCGAUCUCGUGCGUCUCCUCCGACCCGAGCCCCGGGUACCGAACCGCCCUCCCGCACGCAACAGAAGCUUUGGCUGCAGCGGACGGCGGCUCUUAACACCUCCCCUCCCGAUGCUCAUGGAGUCUCCACGACCGUCACUCCAUCCACCAUGGAUCCGAACUACAUCGCUACGCGCCCGGGUGCCGGUCCGUUUGAUCCCGGACGUGGCCUGGUGAAUGGGUCCGCCCGGUCUGGCGGCGUGGUUCAUGACAAUGAGACCAAGCAUAUUCGCAAGGCAUACGAAAAGACCUCGCUAGAGCUGACGGUGGUUCGACGCUUCCAGUCCCCCACGGGAGACAGCUUCCGCCGGUUGAAUUUCAUCCUCAACGACUUGAACGGCCCGAACCUCGGUCAUCAGCGACACUCUUCACUCGGUAAACCGAUCAAAUCUGCUCCCGCGUUGACCCAUUUGCAAGACGGUAAACAGCAGAAACUCGGUCAAAACAGUCCCAGCCCGGAGCCCAGGCAGCUCAUGGGCCGGAAGCAGGCAGCUAUACGCACAUCCGCUUCACAAACAUAUCUGCAAGACCCCGAAGAGCUGGUCAAUGAUACCACCGAGACGGGCCAACCUGCGAAGGCGCCCCAGCAUCCCUCUCACCGCAUUCUCUCGACCUCCGAUGAAACAACUCACAAUAAUCCUGCGGGCGAAGAGGAGCCCGAAGAUGCAGCACCACCACCCUACUUCAGCAACGAGACUGAAAUGAUGAUCCGUCGCAUGUGGGAAAGUCGUGAAGUUGCUGAAUCCGGCUAG